AUGUCAUUCGAUAAAAACAAUCGAGCGUCGCGAGAUAGACAGCCGUCACCUUUCCGACGCGCCUCGAAAUUCGACCAUUACGAUAUACCCGCAAAGCUCCCAUCACCCCCUCAAGACGAUGGUCCGCACCCACGACACGCUAUUCGUCCAAGGUCUCUAGCUGAUGCGUACCGAGACGCAUCAAGACACGCAAUGAUCACCACAUACGACGAAGAAUCCCACUUUGUGACAUCACCAAGCCCGCGAUCGAAGCGGCAGCCGAUCAACGCAUUCUCGCCAAUAUCCCAGACUUCUCCUCCUCCCAAAGAACUCGAAGAUGCAUAUAGGCGAAUUGACGAAGAUGACGCUCUAGCUGAUCUCGUGCGCGACUAUGACUGGGAGCCGCAGUUCACCACACGCUCUGGAAGCCGAAGUCGCCUCCCGUCCUCCCGAGCAAAGGACACAAAUAACGGCAGAGCAUCUGCUAAUGGACGACCCUUCUCCGACGCAGGUUUUGGCGAUGAUCUUGGCGACCAUCGGGCCCGCAAGAGCAGGGAUUAUACUAAAGAUGAAGAGCGCCUAAAGCGCGUCACGGGCCAACGCUCGCCGGUCUUCAGCAGGGCUCAGGCCGGACGGGAUGCCUUGACGGCAGAUAAUUUGAGAAGACGAAUGGAAGACAAGACCGAGGCGGAUUAUCGUGCGCCAGAGGCUGACAGGAACGGUGUUCCUUCGCCGAAUAUACCCACUGGUUGGGGUCAUCGGGCAGGUCACCGGCAAGAAUGGGAGAGAAAACCCAGCCAGCGCAGUAUCUCUGAAGAAGAAGAGGAGGAAAAAGCGCGUCGACGCUGGUCGCCAGCUAUCACGGAAGAAGCCCAAGCCCCUAGGGCUAUGCGUACCUCUCCUCGUUCUCCGGCGCGGAGCACACUUUCUGCUAGAAGCGCUCUUGAAGAACGCACUGCCAAUCCUUAUAUGCAAAUGACGCAUGAGGACUUUGGGGAAACGCGUUCUGGUUCCAAGCUGACCUCGCCUCCAACUAGUGGCGGCGAGCCAAUCCCCAAUUCCCCUAUCACAGUGUUCAAAAACUCGUCAUUCGCGAGACCCAGCCCCAGCAAGCGCGACUCCAGGGAUCUACUACGCAAACUUUCCAGGACUGAAAAUCCCAAAAUUGAUCAGGUCCAAACCCCCGAGCCACUCAAACUUUUCGAAAACAAAAUCUACGACAAAACCCCUCGGGUAACUGGCGCGUGGAUUGAUACUCCUAUGACCCAGCGGGUGGGUGACAAGGUUGAGCUUCCCGAAGAUCUGACAAAAGACCUCCUUCCUCCACGCACAACAAAUGAGUCCAAGGAUAUUGCACCCCCUACGAAACCCACGGAUGUCAAAUCGAAAGCCGAGGAACCGAAACCUGCACAGACUACCGAGAAAGAGCUUCUUCCUGAACCACACCCUGGGAAGCAGUCAAGGCCCCCGUUGCAGCGACCUCAUCUACCUAAAAGUGCCUUGGAGACGGUCAUUGAGGAUGCCAGUUCCGGCAAAGACCUUGAGUUCGGAGAUGAUACCAUCGAGUCCCUUCAAGCAUUUAUGGAUGCCCCAGGUGAACCCAAAAUCGAGGAAGAUGACGAGGUUUAUGAAAAGGCCGUCCUCGCCCAGCUCCAAAAUGCUAGUUCAAAAGGAAAUGACGUGGUCAACUUGGACUCAUUGAACGUCAAGCUCAACUCUCUAACGAGACAUAUCGAAGAAGUGAAGAAAGGGCUUGACGACCUGGAAGGUCAUGUCAAGCAAGACACCGCAAUUGUAUCGCAGGUAAGCUCUCUAAAGAAGAAGAGCCCAAAGGCAUCACACUUGCACACAGCCGAAUCCUGCAAAGGCUGUGACACGCACUCUGGUGGACGAGUAUACGCCGCGAUACCUCUUCCUCGGCUGUGGACGCGGAGCCCGCGAUCUCAACGUCUUCGGCCCACCAAACUCGGCUGGUUCAUCAUCAUCUCACUUUCGUGGUAUAUCAUCGAAUGUCUGAUGUGGGACCAGUAUAGUCAUCCCGAGAUAUCCGAAAGCUGCGAAGGCUACUGCCUGCAGCCCGAUGCGCCUCUAUACCCCUGGGUAACCAUCACAAUGUUGUGGCGCUGGUCACAUCUGUCUACAAUUUUCACGCCCAUUUUCGCUAUCUGUGUUGCUUUCUCUCGUCUCGUGGCGCAGUUGAUGGGUCUUUCGGAUGGCUACGUGGAUGAUACGCCAGAGCUUGGAAAUUUCAUUGGCGAAAUCCGCAUCAACGGAACGCCCGUUGCGUUCCCUUGGCUGUCAACUCCUACACCUGAACAUAUUGUGACUCAAACACAGCAGGCCCACUAUACACAGCAGCCUGUGCAACCAGUGCAGCCUGUCUGGUCCGCCCGGAAUCCUCCCCCGCAGAUGUGGGACAAUAAACAGCCGUCAGGGGAGGAUGUAAUGGACAAUGAUGAAUAUCUUUAG